AUGUCCAUAGUACACAUCGGUGUGUCUGGGGGAUUCCAUGCGGCAUCACGGGAGGUUGGGUGGUCCCUGCGUCUUGGGGAUGAGGGGAUCGACGGGAUCGGAGGGAUCGGAGGGAUCGGAGGGAUCGAAGCUUGGGGUGAAGAGGUGAGGAGGCGGUGGGUGUACACGUCCGCGCGGUUCAAGGGCAGCAAGUGGAAUGGGAGGAUGGCGCCUAGGUUGAAGGGUUCGCACCACCCUGAGGUCGCUGAGCGGCAAGUGUGCAUAUAUGAACCCGUGGCCAAGGAGGCAGUUUUUCGCAUUGCGCAUGCAAGGGAGGGAGGGUUCGUUCCUAUGUGCCCGAUGCGGAAGGGGGACGACGACUCUGAUUUCGAGGAUGGCAUAUUCAACAUCGUUUUCAAGAUGGAGAACGAGUCCAACGCGGAAGACCUUGGGAGGAUCGUCUCGCAGUCGGAAUCUCUGGUACUGCAGAAGUUGGUGAAGGAGUUCCGAGUCCAGAAGCGGGUUUCGAGGUCGGAGUCCUUCAUGGCCGAGAUGCAGGGUGUCCUAGGAGAGCCGAGAUUCUGGUGGACGGUGAACAUAUUCAGGAGGGUGAGGAGGUAUCUUGAGCUGUCUCUGUUGGUGCGGGGGUUCAACGCGCUGCCGGAGGGGCUGCUUGACUGGGUCGAUCAACUUGCCGAAUGGCACGACGUUUUGAGAUGGAGUCGUGUUUUUGGGAGAACGAGUGUACCGAUGGUGCUGUUGCGGCAAGCCCUUGACACAUUGAGAUCUCGUCGGAGCAGGGACCUCCUGCAGGGCUGGAGUGCCAGUGUGGCUCACAGCGACGAUGUGUUGAGGAGGGCUGUGAUGAGUUUCUUCGCGUGGGGCUCGAAGUAUGUCAAGAACAUCGAGAGGUACUGGGUCUCGUACAGGAGGUUCGUGAACGGCUUGAACGAGGCGCUAGGGCAGCUGAGAAAUGGUAGAUUUGAUGACCGAUCGUUCGAGGGCGGGCUGUGGAAACUCGUGUUCAAGAUGGAGCAACUGGACACUGGGGAGGAUGAUAGGAAGAGGAUCGUUGCUGCCUCCGAGUCCCUGGUGCUGGAGAAGAUCGACGAGGAGUCGCGCAUACAGGGCGGAAUGGCAAUGAUGGGACGGGAUGCCUUGAGGACUCUGAUGGGAAAAUCCCUGCGAACUCAGGGCAUUGUCCAUAAGAUCAACGUGCUCAAGACUAUCAAGAGGUACCUGGUGCUGGCGAUCACUGUGCGGCAGCUUGAAGCGUUGCCUGAGGGGCUGCUCAGGUGGGUGGAUGACCUGAGUAACUGGUACGACCAUGUCAAAGUGGGCCUUCUGGGACAGGUUGCGGUUCCGAGCGGGGCACUGGAACGGUCAAUCAUUCGCCUGAACUCCGAGAGGGAGAGGCAACGAUUGGAUUCUUGGGUGAAUGGGGGCGAAGGAAACCUCGUCUUGAAGAGGGCUGUUUGGGAGCUAUAUCGUUUGGGAGAGGUGUUCCUUGGGAACAUCAAGCGCUCUGUUUGA